UUGUGAAUUGUUGGUAAAGCAGGGGAUAACUUAACCUGCUUCCUCAAUAGAUCCACUUUGGUUUGGGGAGGUGAUGUCAGCAUUGCUACACAGGAGUGGAAAAGUAUGGGAAAAUGUACAUGUAGAGGGUAGUAAACCAACUGAAUGUGGAAAAACUGAGACACAUUGUUGAAACUGGACUUAUUUUUCCAAAGAAAUCUCAGGCUGUUCAUCAUCUGUUUUCUAAAUAGAUGAACAUUUACUUGAAGUUACUUGUUUAUACAAAAGAGAGGGAAAUUUUUGAGGUGUUGUUAUUAAUAGGUUUUUCUACAAUGGUUUUACUGGUUCUGCCCACCUGAGAUUACUGAACUAAAAUGAGUUUCACACCCAUGCUCAGGAUAAAGUUCUACAACAUGAAAUAUAUCAGUAGCUCUGGAUCAUAAUAUGAACUCAGACGAAAUAGCUAUAAUUAUUGUAGAACAGCAGGCACUUCCAAAGAAAACCUUCACUCCAUGUUAUUAGGAAAAUAUUAUAUGUCAUUAAAUGAGCAGUACAGGAGAAGCUGGCGCCCCGUCAAAAGAGGCUUAUGAUCAUAAAGUAAAGGAGCUGUAAAGAUAGAAAUGGAACAAACACCCAGCCCUGUGGGUCAAACACAACUCAGACCAUCUGUUAUUUUUCCAGAAGUGUGGUGUUGUUGUAAAAUCUAUCUAUUAACGCUGUGUUUAAAGUGAAGUUGCAGAUUCUCACAUGAUGUUUUUGUUUCUAAGGCAACAAAUUUGAAAUGAGAGUGAGUCAGCAGUCACGGAUGGUUUGAGUGUUGGUAUUUUUGUCCCUUACUGGACUGGCCUGAUUUCAUUUUCUCCAGCGAGUAGAGUGGAAUGUUUAGUCGUAGUCACUAGACUUCGCCCCGGGGGAUGCAAUGGAAAUGUCUCCUCUGUGUUGAGUUGCUAGGCUUUCAGGUCUAACAGUGUGGCAUCCACAGAGGAACUCCAGUAUGGGGAAGUUUUACGGCCAAAAGUCCGCCUUUUUUUUCUCUGCUCCACCCUCUCUCUCACUGGUCGCUUUCAUUUUAUGCCCCCCUCCUUUCUCUUCACUGGUGGUUUUUCCUCAAAAUCCCCACAGCUCCGUUUAGUCAGCUUGUUCCUCUUUUGCUUUUAUCUUUCAUUUCAGGUCCGCCGAUGCAGUCGGCUUAGACUCGCUCUACAAGAUCAGGAUCAGUCAGACUGCACCUCGGAGCGGCACAGCAACAAGGAGAGCAGUAUAGCAGUUGUGCUGCCACAGAAACCCAGGGAGCUGGAAGAAGCACUCCUCACACCAACAGAAGUUGAAGUCAUUAAGGUUUAUCUUGAAGCCCGUCCAGAGACAGCCGAGAGUAUCAAGAUGCUGACGGACGAGGUAUCCCAGAUUCAGGAGGUGAGGUACUGUCUGAAGACUCUGAGAGAGCAGAUGGCAGCCAGGCAGAACACUAACAACAACAAGUUUCCAGUCAAUGGCUUCAGAGUCAACGUGCCCAACAGCCAGCGAGAUCUCAGCAAUGGAAAUGCUGUUCCCACUGAGUCAGACGCUCAAGUCGGGGAUAAUCAGGAGGAGAGCGCGAGGCUCAGGGAGGCGACCAGGCGUCUGUACACGCAGCUGAAGGAGAUGGAGAAGAGGCAUCAGGAGGAGAGGGAGAGACUGCAGGCCGAGUCGCAGGAGUAUAGCGUCCGUCUUGCUGAGCAGUCUGAGCGUCUGCAGAAGGCGGAGGAGCAGUCGGAGCAGAGGGGUCAGCAGGUGGACGAGCUGCAGAGGCUGCUGGAAAGCAUGGAGAUCGAGAGUGGCAUCCUCAAAGACAAGAUGGCGGUAGGGGAGGCAGAGCUGCUGCAGCUCAAAGCAGACAAGGAGGAAUGGGAGGAGAAAGAGCAGAGGUGUGAAGAGCUGGAGAAGGAGGUGGCCAUCCUGAAGGAAAAGAUUCAUCACCUUGAUGACAUGUUAAAGAGUCAGCAGAGGAAGGUCCGCCACAUGAUCGAACAGCUACAGAACUCCCGGACGGUCAUUCAAGAGAGAGAGAGAUUCAUCAGGGAUCUGGAGGAGAGGGUGGCUUUCCUGGAAGCUGAGAACAGAGAAAUGCAUGACCACAUGGAGUAUUUCCUGGCAGGCCAGGAGCCUCCGCCACUGACGUCCACCGAGAACAAGCCAGAGGUUGUUUACAGUAAAACACUGACUCCGUCAUCACCGACCAACAAGGCCCUCCCGUUCAUCAAAGUCAUCGAGAUCAUGUCGUGAAUGAAGUGUCAGCCAAAGGGAUGACCAGAAGUAAAAUACAGUGUAAAUAUAUAUAUAUAUUUAACCACCUGCCAGGAUGUUAACGUAGGUCUGCAGUGAUUUUAAUUAAGGCUGGCUCAGCAGUCCUCAUGGUGACAAAGCACAUUGGUCCUUUGUUAGUACCUCAUAGUUACUUUUGAGGCUGUUCUGCACCUUUACCGGCUCUGUCAGUGUCAAACAGAAUCUAAAAAAGGAAAGGAAAGGGGAAUUCAAACUAGGAUCCAGUGGUAGGAGGAAUCCUAAAAAGGAAACGAGGAGGAGGCUGUGCAAUGCAAAGAAUUUUACUGAACUUGUUACAUGACAUACGCAGACACAAAUCUGUGCAGUAUGUACUUUGUCAGCAAGUCUUGACGAUGCAGCAGCAGGAGGAAGAGUUCAGUUAAGUUCUCUGCGUUGUAAAGUUUUCCACCUCUACUUCUUGCCCAUGCAGAAAGGAGAUGUGUGAACAGGUCAGUGUUAAAGGUGGAUCAAGAAUAAAAACAGCUGUUAGUAUUGUAUUUGUCCCUUAUAUAUAUUUGGACAAAUGUACAAGUAAUCACACUGUGUUGAGUGUUUUCAGCACGUUUUCAUCUUAUAGCAGUGAUACUCAAGUAGCUUUGCCUGGGGGCCACUUUUGCAAAGUGACAGGGCGCCAGGAGCCAGUUAAUAAACAAACAUUUAAAAUUAAUAUAAAAAUGAUUAGCCCAGACCUCUGUCAGUAGGUGCGGGUGAUCCUCCCCUUAUUUUUUUUGUAUAAACAAGCCCUACGUUGAUGCUUUUCUGUACACUUUGGCACCUUAUUUACAUUCAGCGUGCAAAAAAAAAAAUUCAGUAUAAAUUAGAAAAUCUUAUACCACGGGCCGUAACUUGAGUAUCACUGUCCAACAGCCUAUUGACCACAUUGCCAAUGGCAGGCCUGUAGCUGGCAAUGUCAAUAUUUAAAUAUGAUUUAUGUUUAACUUAAAUGUAGUUCUCUGACAGAGUGGGUCACAUAUUUUAUAGAAUUUUGACCUUUUUAGUUAUGCUGGAAAAUACUCAUUAGAUGCUACUUGUAGAGAUAUUGGCUAGUUAACUAACAUUUUAAUUAUUAUCUAUGCUGCCAAGUGCUGUCUCAACACCCUCACUACAUAUCCUGUUCUGUGCUAAAAGGUUUCAUAUUUAAUAACAACUCUGAUUUAACUGUUAAACUUACUGAAAUAACUAUGCAUUGUUUGUAUGCUAUUUUUUCCAUCUCUGUAAAAUACUUUCUGUUGCAAUCCAGGAUGUACAGUUUUAUAAACUGAGUAUACAUUUACUGUGAACACUGUAGAUAGAUAAGUUAUAGUUGAGUCUGUUAUUUUGUUGUAGACUGUCACAUCAUGUUUCAUAAAAUGAAAUACCUGGUUUAUCUGAGUCAUUUGUUGUAUCUGUAGUUUCACUUGUUCUUGCUUUUAUCCUCUCUGCUGUUGCAUUUUAACUCCAUAACCCUGUACCGCCACCUAGUGGAGAUAAUAAAGACUCUGAAUGCGAA